UUUGGCGCGAAGAUAAACUUUGUUCACACGGUCAUGGCCAUUUUAAAUCGAUUUUCCAUGUCAGUUAGCUGUAACAGCGAAUAUGUUUGAGUGGAUUAUUCCAUAAUGAAGUUUGAUGCUCUAGAAAGAAGGAAAUAAUGGAUUUGAACUUUUCGCAAGAUUCCUUUGCGUUCAGCGACAUUACUGGACCUUCCCAUGUUAGCGGUCUCGAGUCCUUUUCAGACUUUGACGCGAGUGAAUGCAGCGAGGCAUCUUUCGCUGAAAUUGUACCGAAUAAAGGCGUUGACACUGAUCUUGGAACAUCGGUGAGCGAAGAAAAUGCUGGUCAAACGAAUGGUUCUUUGGAGAACGGGAAAGAGUCAAGUGCUACUGAAAAGUCAUCUCUAGGACUGCAAGAACUGAACUCCAACAACAUCAACGAGUUCUUUGAAGCCAUUCACAAUGCAGAGUCACUUGGCUUUGCAGCUUUAAGUGAGAGUGGGAAAAGCUUGGCUGGAGAUGAGAGUUCACUUGGCAUUUUGCAAUUGGAUGGAUUACCAGACUUCAGCGACGAUUUUCAGACUGCACCCGAUUCUUCAGAAACUCCACUGACAUUAGAAAGAACUUUAGUUGGUAAUGAAGAAGACAGCAAUGACCUCGAUGAAGUUGUACUCGAUCACCACACAGAUGUUGGAAAUCAACCAGGAGAGGAUAUCCCUUUUACUAAUGGGUCCCAUCCACCUUCAGACCAAACUCCAGUUGUGAACAGGAACACAGUGCUGCAAUUAGAAGAAGAAAGACCAGAUACUGGUCAGGAUCCGGACACGUUUUUCAGUUCAAACAACGUACAAGCAAAUGAUAAUUUUCAGGAAUCUGUUGAUGACGAACCUUUACAACAUAGCUAUGGUCAAGAAGAGCUUGAUAUGAUGUUACAGAGGAGAGCAGGGAGUGGUGAUGGUGGAGAGCUGAUUGAUAGGGUGUCAUUGACAUCCAGUAUCAGUUUCAUUCAAUCACAGACAUUUCCUGACAGUAUUUUCAGUCAAAGCUUUGGCAGCAGCAGAGGGCUUGGGAGUGGAAUGGAUUCCAGAUCUGAAAGUGAUGGACAAGAAGAUUGUGAUGAGGUCACAUCACCGCCGCUACAUGGUGCAGGAGAUGGAAGUAAUGAUAUUACAGGACGCCCUGGUCUUGAAGGUGCUAACUCAGAUGUAGAAGACUUACAAAUCCAGAAUGGACCUUCCUUAGAUGCAAAUAACAGACAAGAAACACAGGCAAUAGAGUUGCGUCAAUCAGCAGAGGGUGUUGAUGUUCUCCCUGACAUUCUGGGUGAUGGAGGUGGCGGUGGUGAUGGCAGCAGUGGUAACAGUAGUGAUACAGAUGAUGGUGGCCCAGCCGGAGCAGCAUAUGCCUCCUCUAGUGCAAGCUCAUUACCAUCCUCAACAUUUCCUCCAUCAAUCACAUCAUUUGGAUUCAUCAACCAAUCAACAGGAGGUAACUUCCUGGGCACAUCCUCCUUACCUGUUAGCGAUGGUCUGACGGCAGGGAGAGGGUGUCCUGUUGGUGAUGCUGCUGCAGAAAGGUCUCCUGUCCUGCCCUCUAGUCCUCCAGAAUGGAUAAACGAGUUGCAGGAUUCAGUAACUAUCCCACACUCUUUACAAUUCCAAUCUUCAUCCACUCCCAUGGUUAGAGAGGGUGUACCACAGAAUUGUAACAACACAGGCACUCACAAUGAAACAUCAGCCUUGGAGUCUUAUUAUCUAAUGGGGCACAAUGUUGCCACGCCUCGUUCAAUAUGGGCAGAAGAUGGCUCUUUUCAUAUGUCUCAGCAGAUGUUGGGCAACCGACAAAGCAACUCUCCUGUGGAUGCUGAGUCCUUGAAUUUUGACCCUACCGCCAUUGAAGCUGCCCACAAUGUUUCACAAGAUAAGGAUAAGACUCUUAUUUCCAGUGAAACAGCAUUUGGAGGUCAUUCAAAUCAAGAAUCAGAUCAGAGGUUUGGAAGCUGGCCUGGUGAUAGGUCAGCUGUGUCUGCUUCAAUUAAUCAGAGUAGUCCAGACUUCUCAAUCAAGUUCGGCAAUAGCAUUUUCAGUAAUGGGGACUCAGCCAUUGACAGUUCAAAGCUAUGGAAGUCAACACCCAGAGAUGAAGAAGAAAACGGAAUGAGGUCUACACCUGGAGUUGUAUUCCAAGGCAAUCAGCGACCAUCUACUGUGACUGGACAAGUAGCUGUCAAUAAUCAGCUCAAGCAAGCUAGAACAGAACAUUCAAGUGGUGGAGAUCAUUCUACAACCCUGGCAUCGGGAGUAACAACUUGGAGAGAAGGAAAUUCCCAGGGGCUAGUGGAUCUAUCAGGUGAUCAGAAUGAUGUUGAUCCACCCACUGACAGAACCUUGACUCCUGGAGGAGUUGCAUAUGAUCCUUCUAUCCAACAAGCUGCAGCACCUUGGGAAAUUAAUGCGAUGGCCUCUUGCCCUUGGCCUGAUGGUUCAGGUGAAAUGCAAGACUCGAUGCUUAGAUCAAAUCCAUUUGAAGUAGGCUCCAUUGAUCAACACCCAUGGUCUUUUGGUGGAGGUGGAGGUGGAGCAUUAUCUGAAGAAGAUCAACCUUUAGGUAGUGGGAGCAAACAUUUCUCCUGGACAGGCUCUGAUUUUGGGUUUGAGGUGCAAGGAGAUGCAGAAGCAAUUAUUGCAGCAGGUGAAGAGAGUUUCAACAAGGAGCAUGAGCUUGAAAUUCCAUCUCACAGUGAAAUCAGUGAUACAACUAAAUUACAUGACUGGACUGUUCCUGAGAGUAAGUUCGUUACAAGACCAUCCCUGCUCAAGGUUGUGGGUAUCAAUGAUCCUAAUAACUUGGGAGAGGUGCGUAUUUCAUUUGGUGCAUUUCUUGCAGCAGGAUCAGGAGAGCUCGGUUCAUUGACUAGAACAAGUCCUGACAGACCCAGGCCUCAUUUUGGAGAUGACAAACCCAUUCUGACCCCCUCCCCACAACCACCAGUGAGAAUGAUCAGCAAACCCACUACACCAUUUGAUGAGUUUAUUCAAGAGAGCACUGUAACUGACAAUCUUUCAAAUAGGACAUCUGCAGAUGGAGGCAUCAAAGAGCCAUUGCAACAGCAACCCAAACAUGUUGCUAAAGAACCUCAAAAACACAAUCAGCUGAAGAAAGAAGAAAGUUUAGAAGCAGCAAGUGGUCUUGGAACCUCAAUGUCUUGGCUGUCUGCUGAUGCACAUUCAGAGGAACUUUCUUUGGAAAUGCAGAAGUUGAAGCUUGAUGAGCAGUUCAAAGUUGAUUCUACCUUCAAAAGUAGAAGUAGAACAGCAAGUCAGACUAGCUCACAGAGCAGUAGCAGUAAAGGAAGUAUCAAGAGCGUCAUCAAGAUAGACAGCUUUCAGAGUGCACAACCCAGUAAAAAUAUUGCUGGUGAUAGUAGAUCUAUAUCCAAGGAAGGGAAACGAUCACACAGAAAAGCAAAACAGGCAAGUCAGGUUGUCUCAACUAAUUCCCUUGAUUUAUCUUCAGGAUCAGAACUGGGCCUGCAACAAGAACUUCAAGAGUUGUACAAACACUCCAGUAGAAUAGGGUCUCCAAGGAGAUCAUCUGUUGGGGAUGCAAGUUCUGCUGCAUCACUAGAAAAGAUGACCCAAUUCAUCGCAAAAGCUAUUAAUGAAGAUCCAGAUGAAAUAAGAAAAAAAUUAACUGCAGUAGAAAAGAAAAAGUCCAAGGCCAAGCUGAGAAGGAAACACAUUUCAUCUUCUGAGGUUGAAUCGAUAUCACUCAAUUCUAGGACAUCUGACUUCAAGCCUGUUUCAUCCAGUAGUCCUCAAACAAAGUCUUCACCUGAAAAGUUAGUAGACUCAUCAGUAAAGGCUCAUGGGAUUGAGCCUCAUAACAAUUCUAACUCUCCAGACAAACUGGUGAGUUACUCAAUUGAGGAUAGUGUUUUUCGUUCACACGAUUCACCAUCAAUGAUCCCCCUCAGUAUGAAGGAGCUUGACUCCAAAGAUUUGUCUUUGGAACAUGAAUCAAUGUCUUCCUCUGAAAUGGGAAACUUUCAACAUGUUAUUCCUCAAUUUGGUGAAACAUACACACUUAGAAAAGAUUCAAAGGAAAAUAAUCAACAUUUUACUGCUCCUACGGUUGAUCCCAGGAAACAUAGGACACAUGAAAUUGAACAAAGACUGAACUGCUCUCUUCCUAAGGAUGCAGACCAUGAUAAUUUUUCACAUCCUCCUAUGGCAACAAGACAGCUACAUCCUUUAAUCCAAGAAAGCACCCUGUGGCAGUCUGAAUCCUCACCACCUAGGCAACGACUUGAGACAUCUGAUAGUGCUGUUGGAAGCAUGACUACCUCACUCUCUGAGGAUGUUGCCACCACCAGACAUUCGUGGCCAGAAGCAACUCCAAGGCGUUGGUACAAGACAAAGGAGGAUUCCCAUUGGGCUGCUAAGGUACAAAGUGGUGCCACCCAACCAGGUAGCACCACUGCAGCAGUAGGACUUGCGACCCAUAUUAUUCCAACUGAUGAUGUGAAGGUAGCUGUUCAAACUAGCAGUUUGAAUGAGGGACUGCCAUCCUCUUUGUUGAUACAUGGACACCAGCCUGCAGGUUUAGCCAACCACAAUAGCUCACCACUUGGUAUCCCAUUCAGUACUUCUCAAGGAAUUGUUCCACUUGUUAAUCAAGGGACUAUAUCACAUUUGUAUCCUGGUAGUGGCGUUACUGGCUCCAUUGGAUUAUCAGGAUUGGCAGGGCCUCUUUAUCCAGGAAAUGGCUUAAGUAUUCAGACACAUGGCCCAUUGUCACAUACAGCACCAGUUGGGUAUGGUCCAAGAAUGGUUCCUGUUGGCUCAGCUAUGUAUCCCAGUCAGGGACAUGGCUUACUGAACACUUUACAUGGUCAAGUUCCUCUUGUCCAUACUGUUUCUGCCUCAAUGGGACCAAAACCAUCAAGUUUAACACCAACUUAUGUCCAAUCUGUCAAUGUCAAUAUUCCUCAUAAGGAACCCACCCACCAACUUCCUUUACAAUUUCAAUCUAAUCCAUCAAAUAUUUCUGGGUUGCCAAAUACAUUCACACAACCAAAGAUACCUGCUUCCCUACCUUUCUAUCAACCUUCUUUCCAACAUGAUCCCAAUGGACUUUUGCAAGUAAGACCUGAAUUUUCACAAGGAAGAGUGCUACAAUCCCCUUCACAACUGAUUAUACCGGGAGAGAUAAAGGUUCCUCCAUUUUGCUGCGUGGGUGUCUUGACAGAAACGGUCAUUCCUUUGCACAACAGCAGCAGUCGAUGGAUGCAUUGUGAAAUUCACUCUGUCUUAUCUACUGUCAAUGGGGUUCAGGUACCUAGUACCAGUAGUGCAUUCUCUUGCCAGUUGAAAGCGAUCAUUGGCCCACAUACCACAGAAAACAUUAAGUUAAGCAUUGAGCCUAAAGAAGCUGGCACGCUCACCACACAGCUGCAAGUUUACUCACUCCCUGUUGUGUCUGAAGUUCCACAAGUAACACAUAGCGUGGGACCAGUGUUGGCCUUAGAAGUUGUUGCAGAAGAACCUCAAGUUGAGGUUGUUCUUGAGGAUGAAAAUUCCAUAUUCUUUGGGGAGGUUUCUUUUGGGGCAAAGCAAUGUCGACCAAUACAUCUUGUGAACAGAGGAAGAGCCCAAGUGCCCAUUAGAAUCAUAAUAUCUGCAAAUAGCAGCUCACUGAACUGUUUUACAUUCGCUGAUGCGGAUUUCACCCCAAAGACUGACGUUGUGAGAGGACCUGCAUCUGCUGGGGCUAAGGGCUCUGCGUUAACUAUCCACACCCUGUUUAUAAAGGGACGAAAAGAUUUGACUUCCAAGGUGGAACCUACUGUUGUGUGGCUUCUGUUUCAGUCUCCAAACAUGGGAGUUAAGAGUUCCACAUCAGUUGGACCCCCGAAUGAGUAUACUGCACGACUUGAUGUAGAAAUUGACAGUGCACUGCAAGGCCUGACCAUUUCCAGUGUUGCUCUUAAGGCCAUUGAGGGAAUAGUUAGACUACAUACUCCACAUAAAGUUCAGGUGUUGACUCUAAAAAGUCCAGUGGGGAAGAGCACAAGUUGUACAAUUCCUGUCAAGAAUGCUGGCAACAUUACAGCUAAAGUAAAUCUUAGGAUUGAAGGAGACUCCAAACAAUUCUCAGUAAAACCUGCUCAGUUACGCAUAAAACCUGAAGAGGAGUCAGAGGUUCAAGUCGUGUUCCAACCCACUGAAGGAGAUAAACAAGUGGAAAGCUUGGUUAUUCUGGCAGUCCCCAAUGGACCAGUGUAUGAGUUAGUACUGAGGGGAUCAGCUUUGCCCAAAGAGGAUGACAUGUUUGCUUUAUUAAGCAGUAAACCAGUUCUCUGCUGGAGUGGAGUGGCACUUGGAUGGUCUCAGCAACAGAAGGUGAUACUUAAAACAAGCUCUGCAACCCCAGUAAAACUUCAACUUAUGAUUGAGGGAAACCACUCGGACUAUCAGAUACAACCCAUGUUUAGCUCACAUGGUGGAAGCCCAGAGCAUCCUCAAGCUACUCUUGAACCAAAGAAGGAACUUCCUGUCCAUGUUAGCUUUUCACCAUCAUCCAUGGGUCUUAUCUCCAGCUCUCUGGUCAUCAGAUCCCUUGCUGGAAAAACAAAGUCUAAGAUACCACUGUAUGGCUGUGGUGGAACAAGUCAGCUGGUGUUAGUCGAUAUUAGGCAGUUGAGUGAAGGAUAUGUCACCAACAUUGGAGAGGUUUCUCUUGGAAAGAAGAAUUCUGUCAAAGUUGUGGUGAGAAAUUCUGGCACAAGGGCAGCUUUUGUCAAGGCCAUGUGUUAUUCAGAUAUCCAUACACUUCAAAGGUAUCCUUCCAGUCACUUGAAAAUUCACCCAGACAGUUUUGUUCUUUCUGAAAGGACUUCAAAGGCUGUGUUAAUUGAGUACCAACCUCUUGAGAAGGAUGCAAUCAAUUGUCGCACAUCUGUGAACUCUGUGGCUGUUGUGGCUUUUUAUACUGGAAAUGAAUUUUUGAGACGACAAUACAAGAAGAAUCUGUAUACCAGACCUCUUCAGCAUUCUUCUCAAACAAUAGAGAGAAGUCUUCUAUCAGGGAUUGACUUUACCACAGCUUUUCAAGAUGAAGAGAAACUUGUUGAAGAUGUUAAAUACCCAAAGGUGGCAAGCUGGGACAGUUUUUUCCAAGGCAGUGUGUCAAGAGUUCUGUUGACUUUGGUUGGUUCACCACCAGGAUCCAGUCCCAACAACAAACCGGAUCCCAACAGAUCAGUAGACAUUGUACCUGUCUCUGAUAAACAGGCUGUGAAAUCCCAGGAAACAAGUCCAGUUAAUGGUAAUCUUGCAGCAGAAUGUUGGACAGUUAUACCCGACUUCCUUACUUUGUCACCUAGUAAUUCAGAGGAUGACAAGAGUGGCAAAGGAUCUGAUCAACUUAGAAUACUUAACUUUUCUGACCGUUCAAUUGGAUUUGAGUUUACUUGGCCUGCACACUCCAUUAUUAUAACACCUGAAAGAGGAAAAAUCCCACCAAGGAGUCAGGCCAGAGUGUUGGUUAGUUCCAAGUCAAAUCUCUCAAGCUCUUCCACUCCUCUUCCUUGGGGAGGUACAAUUUAUUUGAAGUGUGAUGGUAAACAGCAGACUAUCAGAGUGCAGAUAAGAGAGGAAAGAAUUUUAGAGAGUUCACCGCAUCAAUCUGGUACAUCCAAUUUUCAGUCCAUACCCACCAUGGUCACAGGAAACACGCCACUUCCAACAAAUCAUCUGCCUCCCUUGAGAAUUAAAAACAAAGAUAUUGUGUUUGAGAGGACAAUGAUUGGAACUGUCACAACCUCGGAGAUAUCACUCACUAACACAGCAUCUGAGAACUUGACAUGGAACCUGUCUUCAGUGGCACCAGCUUAUGUAAAGGUGGAUGACACUGGAAAUAUUUGCAGAACCACGUAUCUUGCCUUCAGCAUGGCAAAACAAGAAGGGACAAUUCAGGCUGGAAGAACAGCAAAGAUUGUUGUUAAGUUUCAGCCAAGAGAUGCUGGUGAAUAUGAGCAAUCUUGGGACCUCAUGACCACAUCUGAUGCAAAUAAAUCAAAACAGAAAAUUUUUCUCCAUGGACAGGCUGUUGAUAGAAUUGGUGAUGUUGAGGGACAAGGGGAAGAUGUUGACACUUUUCUGCCAGCUAAAUCAAAAAAAGUUACUAUCAAAGAACCAUUGAGAUCCCCCAAGAGUGUCAAGAAAGGGCUCUAUGUUAAAGAAAAUGUGCUUCAAUUUCCUGUUACAGUAGCAGGAGCAACAAGUGAAGCACAGCUGAAAAUCUGCAAUGGUUCAGGAGAUGACCAAUAUGCGGUACGCGUCUCAUCAUUGAAGACACCUUUCUCUGUUCAGAAUUCAAAGUUUUCCGUCAGGGCUAACCGGUUUGUUCGACUACCAGUGCGUUUCUCACCAACUGAACCUGGAAAGUCCUAUGAGGCCUCAUUUGUUAUUACAGCUGACCCUGACGUUAUCAUCAAAGUACAGCUUCAAGGGUCCAGUUCUGUGUGAUUCAACUUUGUAGAACUGGCGAAUAAUAAGUUAACACUAAAUUUCUAAUAAGUAAAUAUUAUUUGUGUUAGAUAUUUUUACCCAACAUGUAUAUAAGAAAGUGAAAUUACAAAAUUAAUCCUAACAAAUUUCAAAAUUAAUAUAUUCCAUGAGGUGAAGGAAUACAUAGCUCCACAAUGUUGCCUGACCAUAGUGUGUGCAGGUUUUGUGUAGAAUUCAAGUUGUACUUAAUGAUGUAUCUUUACAAAUUCAAUGUUUUCCACCAAUAUAUCUAAACAUUAAGUGAAAACUUAACUAAAAAAAAAGUUAAGGGUGCUCAGCACCUCUUCUUUCUAUAAACUGUAUUCAGUCUAGACAGAAGACAAAGCUUAAGCAGUAACAAUAGUAUAGUUUCAUUCCAUAACUUAUGUUAUGGCUGCAGUCAGUAAUAAUGUUAGCCUGCAACCAAGCCCUCAUUGUUAAUGCUUUAGCAUGAACGUUUCUUCACCAGCUAUGUAGUACAAGGCCUUGAGCAAUGCUAUUGGGAGAGAUCUGUAAGGGUUCAGCUCUUCCAUGUGAAGUUAGGGUCUUCUAUAAACAAACUGAAGUUAAAAUUAACUCCUUUAAUAGUAAGUGUUGUGUUGAAUGAUGUAACUUAUUCAUUUGCCCUCAUGCACAGCAUGUUAAUGUAGUAUGUACAACGAAGAAUGUCAGGAAUAGAUUUAAUUAAUUCUACUUUGAAGAAAGAAUGUUUCACACUUGAAAAUGCCUUUAUUAUUAUAACAAGACUUCAAUAAAGUGUUUAUUUACAAACUCA